ACUAUAACAUUGUAUAGCAUUUACAGUACUUUACACAUGAAUUAGGGAUACAUUUAAAACACAACUAUUGUUAAGUCAAUUGUUAUUAAAUAUAAAACAAUUGAAAUAAUUAACUAAAAUGUCUUAACAUUUUAAUUAAGACAUCGAAGAUAUGAGAGAUUUACACAAUCGUUGUUUUGGUGGCAGAUAUUGGUUUGUCAAAGACGUGUGCGGUGUGAUCUGUGCGCUCUUCACGUACUCGUUGUUGUUAUUUGCAGAGUAUGUGGUCAUACAAGUGAUAAUAAUCCCCGAAACUAAUGUCAUCUAUAAGACCAUCAACUUUAUUAUCUUCCAGUUGUUAGCAUUUCUGGCGCUCACAUCUCAUAUUAGGACAAUGUUAACGGAUCCGGGGUCUGUUCCAAGAGGAACGGCUACUAAAGAAGCUAUUGAACAGUUGGGGUUAAGUGAAGGACAAGUAUUAUAUAAAUGUCAAAAGUGUUGUUCAAUUAAACCCGAGAGAGCACAUCAUUGCAGUGUUUGUCAGCGAUGUAUACGAAAAAUGGACCAUCAUUGUCCAUGGGUUAACAAUUGUGUCGGUGAAAAUAACCAAAAGUUUUUUGUUUUAUUUACUUUAUAUAUAGCCAUCAUAUCAUGUCAUGCAUUAAUUAUGGCGGUCACACAUUUUUACAAAUGUAUUGAUAAUGAUUGGAAAAAUUGUGGCACAACUUAUACGGAUCCCAUAAAUGGUACAACCAGUACGGGUCCAGCGCCGUGGACUAUAAUACUAUUGGUUUGUUUGGUGUUUGAGGCCUUACUGUUUGCUAUAUUCACAUUAAUAAUGUUCGGCGUUCAAGUACAGGCCAUAUGGCACGACCAGACAGGUAUUGAACAGCUCAAGAAAGAGACUAACAAAUGGCAUCGACAACACUCGUGGAAAAGUUUUACCACAGUUUUUGGCAAAGGUUUUAGUGUUUACUGGUUCUCUCCCUUUACAAGAGUAUCAGUUGGUGGCAGAGUUGAACCUAACUUUACUUAUGCAGUAUAACAUUGUUUAGCAUUUAGUCAAAAAUCAUUUUACAUUAUUUUUAAAAUUACAAUUAAGUGUUAAUUCUAG